GGCAGCUCAAGAUGGCCCCAAGACGGCUCCUGGAGGCCCCCGAGAGGCUUCCAAGAGGCCAGGCCAACAUGCCGUAACCAUUUUGGCUCAAGUCGUGGGCUCUGGCUGGAGCAUUUCGGACGGCAAUGCCAUAUCACGUCCCUCGACAGUCUUGACGAGCGCUGUUGAGGAAGGCCUAAAUGACAAUCGUCGCCGCUGCGUGCAAGGGUGGCUUGGCUACGACGGUCGCAGUGACAGCAAUCUUUGUAGGCGUCUGGAAGGGACCUCGCAACUCAAUAUCGUUGGAGCUCAUUGACAUUAUUGAUGGGUUGCUGGACUGGCAGCAGGGCAGCCUGACCUACAACCUGGAAGAGAGUGUGUACUUCAAGGGCAUCUUUGCCCCAACCCAGGAUGAGGUGAACGACGGGUUGGGUUUGCAGCUCGAGCUCGUCGAAGGAUCCCUGCCCCGAGACCUCGACGGCUUGUUCCUGCGGAUUGGUCCCAACCUGUGGGCCGAACCCACAAAGCGGCACCAUGUUUUCGACGGUGAUGGCAUGGUUCAUACUGUGCGAAUCAAAAACGGAAGUGCUUUUUACCACAACGCUUGGAUGCGGACGCCGCGGCUCGCCUUCGAACAGGAGAGGGGCCAGGCGUACUUCGGCCGCAUAGGGGAGCUGACUGGGUUGACCGGCAUUCUCAAAGCGGUCCUGGUCCACAAGCGUAAGGUCACCCUCGCUGGGCUUGACCUGGACCAGGCGGGGCUGGCAAAUGUCGCAAUGGCCAUGCUGCCGGAUGGGCGGUUGUGGGCGCUCGCUGACGGUAACCCAGCUUUCGAGUUUCGGGUGAACGCAGACGGAGUUAUUUCGACUGUAGGAUACAACACUACAUUUAAAGGCCGCUUGUCCGCGCACCCCAAAAUUGAUGCUCGAUCUGGCGAGGCUUUUUUCCAUGUCAGCAUUGUCGAUGGUGGAGAGGACGGACGAACCUUCCUGGCGUUCCGGCGCCUCGACGAGCACGGGAGGGUGCAGGUGACAAUACCGCUGAACACGUCUGGGCCGAGCUUCAACCACGAUCCGAUACUGUCCGAGAGCUACUUGAUAGUCCUGGACACCUCUGUCCGCUUCACGCCUGAGAAGAUUGCCGUCGGAGGCGGCAUCUUCACGUUCGACAGCAACUACACAUCCCGCGUCGCCCUGAUCCCGCGCUCUGCGAGGACGGCGGCCGAGGUUCGCUGGUUCGACCUCCCGCAGAGCAUUGCGUGGGUUCACGGCUUGCACGCCUGGGAGGAGGACGGCGGACAAACCCUCAAGCUUUGGGCGCCGCUGGGAUUCGAAUCCGACGCGCAGGAGAAGGGUAAAGUUUUGGAUGGCUGCUGCGACAAGUGGUACAUGGCCGAGGUGCGUUUGGACCUGAGGCCAGGGGGGGAGGCAGCGAGGAUUACCGUAGUCGAUCCUGAGGGACUGCACAACGGCGAGUUCACGCGCCUACGGGACGACCUUGCUGGUGCCGGGCCAGCUCGAUUCGGCUAUACGGCCGCGCAGAUGGAGAAUUCCACGGCUGAUUUCGGGUUCAACGGCUUCACGAAGUGGGAUAUGGAGGGCUCGAAGGUGUCUGGUGAAUUUCGUGUUCCAGACGGCUGGCUCUCUGGGGAGCCAGUGUUCAUACCCAGCUCUUCUCCCUCGGGUGAUCCUAGUGAUGACGGCUUCAUCGGGAAUUUCUUAUACGGACCACACCCGGACAGCACGGAUUUUGCGAUCUGGGAUGCCAGAAUUUUCUCUGGCAAGCCAGUGGCUCGAUUGCGAGUGCCCAAACGUGUGCCAGUGGGUUUCCAUGGGGCGUGGUUAACGGCUGGGCAGCUGUCAUCGCAUUUGGCACGCCAUGACGAAAGAUGAACGGAGUGAUCGAGGCGUCUCAUUGUCUCCAAAGUCACCGCUGGAUUUGACUUCAACCCGAACUUGUUGUUUUUGAUUGGCGCAGAGCGUGAGCGCGCGUGCGCGCUCGCCCUCGGGCAUAGCCCGAGCUGUCGGGACAGCUUGAAGCAUAUUCGUCAUUAUCCCCCCAA